AUGAGUGACCGAGCACGAGAGGAAGUCAAUCAGUCAUCAGUCACAAACCAGAGGGACGACGACGGUUCGGCCACCUGUGAUCAGGUGGACAGCCCAGCCUACCUCUUCUUCAUGAUGGUCCACAGUCUCGUGUUCUUGGUGGGUCUCCUCCUCAACGGCUUCAUCGUGAAGUUUUACUUCUGCCGAGCUCAGCAGAAGCAGGCGUCCAGCAGCAUCAGGGUCUACCUGAAGAACUUGGCGGCCGCCGACUUCCUGCUCUGCCUCUGUCUCCCGAUCCGCAUCGCCAACUACGCCAGCAGCUCCGCCACCAUCCACUCGGUCAACUGCAACUUUGGCACCGCCAGCCUCUUCUUCAACAUGUACGCCAGCAUCAUGUUCAUGGGCUACAUCGCCGCUAACAGGUAUCUGAAGGUCGUUCGACCUUUAGGAACUCACAUCCUACAGUCGGUGAGGGCCGCUCACAUCAUCUCCACGGCAACCUGGGUUUUCCUCCUGGCCUGGUCGAGCGCCUUCGCCAUCCUGUCGUUCCGCACCCAGAAACCUUUCAGCUCCAUCCUGAUGAGGUGUGAGGGCUAUUACAACGGCCGGUUCACCUGGCUGUACAAGAUCACACACACCUGCUCCACCGUGACGUUCCUGUCCGUCCUCGUCUCCCUCGUCUUCUUCUACUACAGCAUCUUCCGGCGGGUGUCGCUGGUGCGGCAGAGGCAGCCGGCGUCCUCCGGCUCCAAGACGCUCGCAAAGUCACGCAGGAACAUGUUGGUGCUGCUCAGUGUCUUCUGCUUUUGCUUUGUCCCCUACCACCUGGUUCUGCUUCCCAAAGCGUUCCUGUGGAGGUGUUCGUGGGGGAGGUUCCUCCACUACGUGAUGGAGGUCACCAUCGUGAUGUCCGUUCUCAAUGUCUGCCUGGACCCGCUCAUCUACUUCAUCCUCUGCAAGAAGUUCAGGACCCAACUAAAUGUGAAGCAACUUUUUGAGGUCAAAUUCAAUGGAAAUGUCUGA